AGUAACACAGAUGGCUCAGCGGAGACCAGCACCAAGCACGCACCGGAGACCGCGCACGACAUCAUGGCGCAGGCGGUCGCAGUCACGAGCGAGACCAGUGACAGCAUGAACGCGAUCAUCGAGGGGCCGAUGGAGCUAAAGGCGGCGCAGCGCAUGUAUCAAGCGAGGGCAAACCAGGAAUGACCGAGCAGUGGAAGCGAGAUGAUGGCACUGAUAGAGACCAGGAUCCAGCUGAAGGGCAAGAACGAGCGCCUGACGGACAGCAACGCCAUGAUGAUGGGAUCCCGGCAGCAGUUGAAAGUCGGAGCUUACAUGUACAACGUCAUGUCCAAGAAUAAAAAGUACCUGAAGCAGCAGGCAGACGAGAAGUCCAAUGUCUUUUGCGAUGACGAGGAGGCCAAGUGGAUCAAGAACCACUGGACCAAGAAAGACCUCAGCAGGUGGACUGCCUUCUCGCUGCUCGACCCCGGCGACGAGGACUCCUGGAUCAAGUGCGGCUGGCAGAAAACGGCCCCAGCAAGUGAAUCGACUUCUCGCUGUUGGACCCCAACGACGAGGACUCUUGGAUCCAGUUUUCUUGGCAGAAAAAGCCCGACGGCAAGGGUCGCGACACCAUAGCCGAGGGCGGAGACGGCAAGGAGGUUGAGCAGGAGAAAGACCCAGCCACGGCGGAAGCUGCAUAGGCAAGAGAGCGUGAAGAUAAUAGUUGAUGCGUCCAGCCAAGUAUCGACAUCGGAUGUUGCCCAUAGGCCUCUUCUUGCCUCAACGACGACGUCGACGACCUCCGAGAAAAAACAACGUGGAAGUUGCGAAGUGUGCUGACAGGAUGCUCCACGGAGGUGGAAUGUAUGGUGGUAAGAUUAUAAGGGGGUGAUAGUAACGCGUCCCAGAAAAUGCACUGAGUCAC